GCGGCUACACCACACUCGCGUUAGCUUGUUCGUACAUCACACAACGUUUUAGACGGGUUUCUAUUGCAUGAAAACGGUAUCGCCGAUGCAAAUUCUAAGAACACGAAAAGUCUACCAACAAAACCUAGCAAUUUUUGCGACCAUAAACAAAAGGCCAAGCAAGAAGCAGAGUGUAAACGGAGGGCACGGGCGUGCAACCAAACAUAAACACAGAUAGAAAUAAAACAAAUAACGGGUAUUUUGGCAGCGGGCGCGUUUAAUUCGAGCAGCUGUACUAAUUUAUGAAAAGGUGCAUGGAUAAAAAUUUAGCAGAGCCAAACAAAGGGCUAUAUUGAAGUUUAACAAAAAUACAUACAUACAUAUAUAUGUAAAUUGCAUAUGUAUGCAUGCGUAUAUGUAAAUCGAGGAACUUUGGUGCGUUUAUAGCGAAAAUAGUGUUUCAAAAAAAGUCGCUUAGCGUCUGGUGUGUCUGCUUUUGCGAAAUUUUGCAAAAUUUACCACAGUCGACGCACACGUUGCUACAUACAUACAUACAGUGGCGUUAAACAAGUUUUGGCGAAAAAGUGCAAAACGGAAAGAAUUUGCUUUUGUUGCAAACAGAUCGUGAGGCCGAAAAGUGUAAGCCAAAAUUGUGGUGUAAUUCCGUGUUUAAAAAUAGUCAUUCAGCAAUAAAUCGCUUGGUGUGUCAGCGUGCUACGGCCAAACACAACAGAAGCAACACAAAGGAAAAGCAUACAAAGUUUUGAAGAAAGAAAAUAAAAAUAAAAAAAUUCAGGAAGUGCAAAAAAUACAGCAAUAAAAGCGAAAAUAAAUUUUGCGGCAGAGCGUUGCAUGCAGCAAACGUCGUUCAAAUAACGCUACAUACUGCAGUUACAACAACAACAGAUUUGAAUUAUUAAAUUACACAGCUGAAGCUUAGCUACCAUGGCGCCCACAAUCUGUUCUGAGAAAAAGCCGCGCCAAAUACGCGCAAAUCUCAAGGAAAUACGCCGCCAGCCAAAUACCACAGCCAACGCAUUAUUGUCAACGCUAACGACGCCCGGCAACGCUGCGACGAAUGGCAGUGGCACAUCUAGCAUUAUAAAUUACGUGGCAGGCGGACGCACCUCAUCCACACUGCGCAUACGUGGCCCAAGCGACGACAGUGCAGCCGACAAAUCCUACACAGAACCGUUACGCGGUGAACGGUUGCAUAUGGAGGACGAAGAGGAUGAACACGAAUUAUCCGAGAACUUCGUCUCUUCAUCCACCAUGGGACCGGAAUUGGUGCGCGCAAUAAUCGACGAACAUAUGGAGCUGGACAAUGACACACUCGAUGAAGAAGACUGCGAAGUACAUUCCAUAACAAGUGGGGCGCGCUAUCACAAUGACAUUGCCGCCACCACCAGCAACAGCAAUAACAACAAUCAUGGCAGCCAAGCACGACAAAUGUUGCAUUGCACCGUUAAAACAGUAUUCCCAGCACCAGCGCUGAGCGACAAACAAUUGCUGGCAACACACACAACGAAUUUGAGCGCCAACAACUGCAACAACAACAGUCACAAGCGUCUUUACGGCAGCGAUGAAGAGGACACCGACUCCGACACAUAUUCCAGCAUGUGUGAGAUCAAGAAAACCGAAGGUCUGCUAUCGAUAGCGUUGAAGACGAUCAAAUUGGUGAAACGAAAUCAAUUGUUGCAACGACGUCUGGCGCAGCUGCAGGUCGAGACAUCGGAGUUCAUACAAUCGGUAAUGGCAAAUCCGGAGAAUCGACACAUUCGCGGUAAUAUGAAUUCGCCGGCAACAACAAUAUCGUCAACACCGUCAUCACCUUCAAUGCCUUCGCCGUCAACCGAAUCACCGCUAACACCGUUACAAUCGCCAACAACAACAACAACAAUGCAGCAGAGUCAAAACGCGGCGGAGGCCUAAAAUGUUGUCUGCACUGGAGAUAGCCUAAGCGUAGUUUUAUUGUAGCGAGCAGCAUGUUGCUGACGCUUGGCCACAUGUUGCACACACACUAAAAUGUUGCGAAGCACAAUUCAACCAACAUUUACACAUAUACUUAUGCAUAGGUAUGCACACACACAUACGCAUAUAUACAAGUACAUCAUUUGAGUGCUUUGCUUUUGCGCGGCGUGUUUUUGUUUUUGGUUUUUCUUUUGUUGGCAGCCAAUCAAGCUGCUUGCAUUGCAUACUUGCAGGCGUACCUCAAUUCUAUUUCAAAAUGUGAUAAAUCAGCAAAAACAAUGCAAGCACACCACAGCGCAGCCGCAUUUUAUAAAUUCUAUAUAAAGAAAUCAAAUCAUAUACACGCAUAGACAUACACAUAGACAUACAUAAUAUGUUAAUAUAUAAUAUAAAAAGUAAUUAAUGUAUAUAAAAUAGUUAUAAAUAUGCUACAGCUAUAUAGUAUACACACAUACAUAAGUAUAUAUGAUGGAAUAUUAACAAAGCAAAGUUAAAGAAAAACCAACAACAACAACGGCAACAAAAAUAAUACAAAAAAUAUUUAAACACAGUAAAACUACUCAUUUUCUAGCAUUAAAGUAUGUAACUAGUCACAACAUACAUACAUAGCAUACAAGAAGAGGGAGGGGUGCGCGAAAGGCUGCGGUAGAGCUGCAGGCGACCAAAUAUUGUUGGCAGCACACUCAGCAUACAAACAUAUUUAGCAAAACUGUUAGCAUUGUAGUGAUCUCAGACGAAAGUUUUUCUCCGCCUUUAAAGCAAAAAUGAAAAACUGAAAAAACUCACAAAAAAAAAAAAAAAAAUUAAAAAUUUCUCUAACAAUCAUUCAAAGCGCUAUAACACAUUAGUUGGCCACAUUACUCCCGUUACGCAUUGAAAUUAAACUUUGAAUAAUAAAAUUUUCAAAGUUUUUAAAUAUUUAAAAAAUCUAAAAAAUAUUAGUGAAUUUUGAAAACAAACACUGCUCACACAAAGAGCACAUUUUCUGCUUACAUCAUUAUAUAAACAUAUGUAUGUAUAUUUUAAUGCAUUUUCGCCUUAAUAUUAAUGCUUUUUGUACGAGAAACCUUUGCUGCUCCUAAAAAUAUGCCAAAUAUUCGUAAGCUUAGUAACGUAGCGUCUAGCUUGGCUUCUAGCUUUGUUCCAAAUCAAUUGCGUUUUUUUGUUAUUGUUGCUUUUCAUGCAAACAGGCUUUUGUAGCACUGAACAACUAUAGUAUUUUAACUGGUUAUUGUAUAUGUAUGUAGCGCGUAAUAAAUUCGUAUUUAUAAUUUCUAUAUGGAAAAUGUACUGAUUGAUAACUAAAAGUUUAACAUUUUAUUGAGCGUAGUGAAUAAAAUGUGAGCAUAGUUCGUAAAUGGUAGUGAGACGUUGAGAACUUAAUAUAGGAAAUGCUAAAUAAUAGCCUCAGCAAGUAAGAAAUGUAAUGUUUACCAGAUCGGCGAAAAAAAUACAAUUUAACAAUAAAAAUAUCUUAUAAAUAAUA